AAUCAAACCUGCUCCUAAUCAAUUUUGCUCCAUCAGGGCCAUCAAGUGCUUAUCAAAUCCGAAGGCUUUCUGAGCACCCGCGCCUAAAGAAUUCAAAAAAGUGGGCUAGGCGAAUAAAAUUUCCUUCCCGCCUGCGCGAACACAAAAUCAAAAGAACCAAGUUUCGGAUUCUUCGCCGACUCACAGUUUUCUCCUUUAAAGUGAAAUUGAUUUGAAUUUCGACUAUGAGUGGGGAUAAUUUCACUGAGGGGUUGCGUAUGACCCGGCCCGUUUUAGAAGAUGUGACAAAUCGACCUGUAAAAAGAGGGGUUUCGCUGAUUAAAGAGUAUUUGGGCCCAAAGUCUGGUGAUUGUGAAAAUGGGAGUUCGAGCUUUGCAAAGAAAGUAUGUUUACAAGUUGAAAAUUUAGUAAAAGAAGUGAGUAAGAACAAGAAGAAUAGAGUUGAUAAUUGUAAAAAAGGAGUGUGCGCAGAUGUUGUUUCUAUUGUGUCAAAUGAGUCUGCCAAAAUUGACAAUUGCGUUACAGAAGCUCACACAGGGGUAGAACUUGGCGAGGUGUCAAGGGAUUGUCGUGUGUCCAGUGUUUUGAUACCCACAUGCUCGAAGAAAGGUUGUGAGGAAGGAGGAGUACAAGUUGGUCGUGUUUGUGAUGAUAAGGGUGUUGGAUUAGGCAGAUUGUCUUUAAGCAAACAUGGGUUGAUUGAGCGGUUGAGGUUGCCUAAGUUACAGGGUUUGAAAUCAUUCGAGUUGGAAAGAUGUGCUGGGCUUAAGGAUGAUGGUUGUGUGAAUUUGAAUGUGGGUGAUGAUAUGCUCAAAGAUUGCUCUUGCUCCUUUUGCUUGAAAGUUGCUUAUAUUUGGUCGGAUCUCCAUUAUCAAGACAUCAAGGGUCGCAUAGCUGCAUUAAAGAAGAGUCAGAAAGAGGCAAGCUGUUUGGUUCAAAAGUGUCCCAGGGGAAAGGAAAUGGACAUUCCUAGCCAAGGAAGCUCGGGAAAAUCAUCAAAACUUGAAUCUGAUCUAAUGAGUCAGUGGAGGUCACUCUUUGCUCACAUGGAGGAUAUAUAUGGCCAUGAAAGCAAUCAGCUCGAAGCCAGUUUUGUUGCACUAAAAGAUUUGAGGGAGAAUUGCAAGAUGGAUCUAGAGAGGAUCAACAGGAUGCCUUGAGACAAACACUAAUGUGCUUUUGAUGAUUCUGCCAGAGUGUAAGAUCUUCUUGUCACUUAGAUUUUAACCACACAUUGUGUAUGCAUGAGCAAAUUUAUGGGUGUGAAUGAGUAGGUGCAAUGCAGCCAUAUUAGAUAUGCAUUUAUUUUGAGGAAUCCUUGAAGUUUUGAAUUGUCAUUUGAAGCUGUAAAAAUAUGUCCACUAUUAAUAAUAUGUGUUGCUUCGAUUCC